GCUUUGCUGCCGAAACCCUGGCGCUGGGGGCACGGCCGCCGCCAAAACCCAAUUUCCCGACCACCGCCCCUCCUCCUCCGCUGCCCCCCUCCCCGAUCCUCGCAGUCGCAGCUCCGCCGCCCGCCACCAGCCACCUCCGCGGAGCUCUAUUCUGCAAAAGUUGUUUCACUCAUGGGUCGCACCAUCAAGAAGGCCAAGAAGGCUAAAUCCAAGAAGACCAAGAAAGUUGAAGCUUCCUCAUCAUCUAAGCCUGCGGUUGCCCCUGGUCCGGCCAAGGUCUGGCAACCGGGUGUAGAUACACUGGAAGAUGGGGAGGAACUCCAGUUUGAUCCUGAGGCUUACAAUUACCUCCGAGGGUUCGACAUUGGCUGGUCUUGCUUGAGUUUUGAUGUUGUGCGCGAUCAACUUGGACUCGUACGAUCAGAGUUCCCCCAUACAUUAUAUGGUGUUGCUGGAACGCAGGCUGAGAAGGCUUCAUCAAAUUAUAUUGGCAUUUUCAAGCUUUCUAACAUAAGUGGGAAGAAGCGGGAACCUAUACCAGCUUCAACAGUUGAUGGUGACACUGAUGUGGAUAGUGACAGCAGCAGCGAUGAAGAAGAUGAAGAAAUUAAUGAGGAUACAAAGCCCAUUCUACAUCUAAAAAAGGUGGCCCACGCGGGUUGUGUAAAUCGGAUACGCUCAAUGACUCAAAAACCACAUCUAUGUGCUACGUGGGGAGAUACUGGUCAUGUUCAGGUGUGGGACUUGAGCUCCUUCCUUAAUUCCUUAGCAGAAGCAGAGUCAGGGGCACCUGCACCCAAAGAAGAUGACAUAAUCCACAAACACUUGCCUCUCAAAGUAUUUAGUGGCCAUAAAGAUGAGGGAUAUGCAAUUGAUUGGAGUCCGCUUGUUACUGGAAGACUUGUUUCUGGUGACUGCAAUAAGUGCAUUCACCUGUGGGAGCCAACUCCAAACAACUGGAACGUAGAUGCAAAUCCAUUUGUUGGACACACUGCAAGUGUUGAAGAUCUACAGUGGAGUCCCACGGAAGCUGACGUAUUUGCCUCUUGUUCUGUGGAUGGUACGAUAGCGAUAUGGGAUAUACGUACAGGGAAGAAACCUUGUAUUUCUAUAAAAGCUCAUAAAGCCGAUGUGAAUGUUAUCUCAUGGAAUAGGCUUGCUAGCUCCAUGAUAGCUUCAGGGUGUGAUGAUGGCAGUUUCUCAGUUCGUGAUCUCAGAUCAAUUCAGGAGGACUCAUUGGUAGCCCAUUUUGAGUACCACAAGAAAGCAGUUACAUCUAUUGAGUGGAGUCCACAUGAAGCGGCAUCACUGGCUGUAACGUCUGAAGAUCAUCAACUCACAAUUUGGGACCUUUCACUGGAAAGAGAUGCAGAAGAGGAGGCUGAGUUCAGAGCGAAGAUGAAGGAGCAGGCGAAUGCACCUGAAGAUUUACCCCCACAACUUCUCUUUGUUCAUCAGGGCCAGAAAGACUUGAAAGAACUGCAUUGGCACCCACAGAUACCCUCGAUGAUCAUAUCUACAGCAAUUGACGGCUUUAAUGUGUUGAUGCCCAGCAACAUUGAUACAACCAUUCCUGGCAACACUGAUGCAACCAUGGCAUCUGCUGAGUCAUAGAUGUUUUUGGUAGCACCAUGCAACUUAUAAUUCCAGGGUUAUGUAUCCAGUAGUGUGUAUCCCUGUUUAGCUGCUAGCCAUUUGUGUUGAGCAGGAUGAUAAAUUUUGAUUGGCUGACAUUCUAUGCUAUAUAGAUAAGAUUUAAUACGCACAGUUUUUGCUAAGUAGUCUGUAAUGUUGGCACAGCAUAUAUCAGCCGAUACUGUGGCGUUGAAGCAAAAAGUGCUUCCUUUUCACAGCUAGCAGAGCAA